UCUCUCUCUAUAUAUAUAUAUAUGUAUAUAUACGCACAUUUCUCUCUCUAGAAAAAAGUAAUUAAUUAGCCACACAUCCUGGGGGCUAGCUACCUCCGAUUUUCCUCCUCCCAGAGAACAGCGUCUAGUUUCUUCCUAGUUUGAUAAUCCUCUGAAAUUAAAGAAAUUAGUGGUUUGGUUUGGGGGAGAUGGAUAUUACUUACAGACCAUACAUUGAUCCUGAAUUCAGUGUACUAAUCGAUAGGAUUCAUCCACCGAGGGUUUGUAUUGACAAUGAUACCUAUCCAGAUUGCACUCUUGUGAAGGUUGACAGUGCAAAUAAGCACGGGAUGCUGCUGGAAAUGGUCCAAGUUCUUACUGAUCUUGACCUCGUCAUUUCCAAAUCUUACAUCUCCUCCGAUGGUGGUUGGUUAAUGGAUGUCUUCCACGUGACUGACCAGCAAGGUGACAAACUCACUGACGAAACCCUCAUUCAUUACAUUCAAGAGUGCAUUUGCCCAAGUAGGCAAGCUUCAAAAGAUUCCUCUCCACCAAUCACCCACCAACCAAUCUUCCCCUUACACGUGUCCUCCACACAACACGUGGCCCUCGAGAUGACCGGCACUGACAGGCCGGGCCUAAUGUCCGAAAUGUCCGCCGUACUCGCCGAGCUCGGGUGCCACGUCACCUCGGCCGUUGCCUGGACCCACAACGGCCGUGCCGCCUCCAUCAUCUACGUGGAGGACACCGCCGCCGCCAGCAAAUCCGGCGGCUCGGCGGCCAUGGACCCGUGCCGGGUGGCACAGGUCCAGGCCCAGCUGGAGAACGUGGUGGAGGCCCACCACCACAAAGACGAGCGGCGGAGCGUCAGGAUGGCCGCCCCCACCCCCGGCCGGACGCACACGGAGCGGCGGCUCCACCAGCUCAUGGCGGCCGACGGCGACUAUGAGGGGUGCUGCUCGUGCUCCGGCGGGAGUAGCGAGUUGGACGAUUUUUAUGUGCAUGGGGGGUGCCAUAAGGGGCAGAAGAAGGGUUGUGACGGCACGCAUGUGAAAAUCGAGAAUUGUAAGGAAACGGGGUAUUCGGUUAUUACGGUAAGGAGCCGGGAUCGGCUCAAGUUAUUGUUCGACACGGUGUGUACUCUUACGGACCUGCAGUAUGUGGUCCACCACGCGGCAAUCAGCUCUCAGGGAUCUAACGCGUUUCAGGAGUAUUAUGUGAAGCACAAGGAUGGAUACACGAUCGAUUCCGAAAACGAGAAGUGCAGAGUCACCAAGUGUUUGAUUGCUGCAGCAGAACGUAGAGUUUCUCACGGAUUGAGACUGGACAUUUGCACUAGAAACAGAACGGGCCUAUUAUCUGAUGUCACGAGGGUUUUCCGGGAGAACGGGCUUUCGAUAAACCGGGCCGAGAUUGGUAUUCGCGGCGAGAAAGCUACCGGAACAUUCUACUUGAAAGACACAACGGGGAAAAAUGUGGGGCCCGAGACGGUUGAUAUAAUAAGACAUGAAAUCGGCGGGUCCAUUUUCGUGCACAACAAAUCUUCGGGGGUAUCUCCUGAAGCAACACCUUCUACUAGGUCGAGGAGUGGCGGGGGGAGUGGCGGUAGCAAUAAUGGGGGCGGAGCGGAGGAAAGAUCGAGGUUUUCGUUUGGGAAUUUGCUAUGGGCACACCUUGAGCGACUUUCGAGCAAUUUCAAACCUAUAAAAUCGUGAUCGUCUUUUUUCGAGACGGGGAUUCGGUUACUCUGUGAAAUGGUGUAGUUAAUGUUGUUCUUUGAACUAGAUUAGUUGCUCUCUAUGAAAUGUGAAUGAAAUUAUUAUAUUAGCUAAUCCACCAAAAUAAUGGGGGGAGUAUUGUAUUAGAAAAGUAAUGUGUAUGUAUUUUUCUCUACUUUGCUCUUUUCGCCUAAAAAAUCAAAAUUUCAGAAA